GUUUUGUGAACGUCCUUUCACUCAUCGGAGUCAUCCUUUGUGAAGUGUCCUCGCGCACGCGAGGUACUAUGUAUCCCACGCAAAUAAUAAGUUUAUAGCCCUGUGCUUCUUCCCCUCCAUAACUAGAACAGUGAGAGCCGUGCCAGUGCGGAGUGCAUGGAGUUUUCAUUCUUAUCCUCGAAAGAAAAUGGAGAAGCUAGCCAAGUUCCGGAAAUCUGAUCCCAGUGCUGUUUUUGAAUUCAAAGAUUUCGUGUAUCAUCAGGGUUCUGUCCUUGGCAAGGGUUCCUAUGGCAAGGUGUAUCACGGAUGGGUUAAACCACACUAUGAGGAAGUAGCCGUGAAAGUGAUAAAGUCUGAGUUCUACGAGAACGAUGCCAAAGUGCGGGAGAAUCUUUACCGGGAGAUUGACAUCCAGGAAGACCUGAAAGAGUGCCGCAAUGUUGUGCGUCUUCAUUGUCGCCUGGAAACACCAGAGGGACUGUACUUGGUGAUGGAGAAGUGUGACUAUGAUCUUCAGCACCAUCUGAAUGCUGUGAAAGCGCUGAACGAGGCAGCCACCAAAGACUUCCUCUUCCAGCUUGGUAGCGGCAUUGAGUACAUGCAUAUGAAGGGCAUUGUUCAUCGUGAUCUUAAACCUGCAAAUGUACUUCUUGUUCGUGAUGGUACUGGUGGUGUUGUGGUCAAACUGGCUGAUUUUGGAUUUGCGCGGCAUUUCCGCAUCGGCGAAGGCACAAAGCCAAUCGAUAUGAAUUCUCUGGCCGGUACACCCGUGUUCAUGGCACCGGAAGCACUGGAGUGCGUUUUCUACAAGGGCAAGCACUAUGAUGAGAAAGUAGACAUGUGGAGUAUCGGUGCUGUUCUUUAUCAGUGUUUGGUGGGACGGCCCGCCUUCUAUGCUCAACUUCAAGACAUCUUACCAAUCUUGAAGAAGAAGGGUGACGCCAUUGCAUUCAGACGUGGUCGCUCGGGUCAGAUCCAGUACAUCAAAGAGCUACCGUCUGAUGUUGAAGGCCGCAUGACUAAGCGAUUCAAGAUGCAGAUGAACCAACUCCUUAAGCACCUGCUACAAGUAUCGCCGUCCAAGCGUAUUUCCUACGGCGAGUUCUUCUUAUUCAUUGAUCAGCUGAACCGCACACCACUGGACGUCUACUGUCCCAGUACUGGUGGCAAGUACUCGCUGUCGUUCGCUAUUGAGAAUCCGUGCAAAGAGAUUGGCAAGCUAAUCCACGUGGCGAGUGGCAUCGAACCCGCUGAUCAGAUUCUCUUUGAUCUCGGCAGUGGUGCGAUGAUUGACCCACUUGGAUCACGCGUACUCUCCUGUGCUGUCUUGCAAAAGACUGACCAUUGGACGUUCUUUGUGCUGAGUAAAAAGCACCUUGCUUCAGAGGACCAGCCACACCCGGAUGAGGAAUACGUGCAUACUAUAGUGAAAACUUUGGAUGAGCCGAGCCAGGCGAUUGGUGUUGUCCAGGCUGAGGGUUUGUCUGUGAUGUGCUCUGAAAUGGUCGAGAGUGCUAAUGAAAUCCGUCAAAUGGUCACCAAUGCCCUGGUCUGUUAUCGGAACAUUGUGAAGGGUACGCAGCAGUUGCUGUAUGACAUUCGCACUGACUUGCGCUUGGAGCGGUCUCGCUAUGAACAUGGCUGUGGAGCACUGGUUAACACCAUGGAGGAAGAUUUACGGCAAGCAACUGAAGAUGGCCAGGUGUCAACCAGUGAACACGGCGUGCUCAAUGACCAGCUCCUGACUAUGAAGGCGAAAUAUGCUGCAGUAAUGUCUGCCAUGGACGAAGUGGAAGAUCAGUGUACAAUGACGCACGACUCCAUGAUGGCGGAGGAUGGUCUCCAGUCAUUGUCGCCUGUUCAGGGUGAUCUGUCACCGCUGCUCGAAGAGUGCCGUAGAAUCACCCACUUCAAAGGACAGCUUCUCAUCUCCUCCGCCAAGGCGCUUGUUAACCAGUGUCGCCAGAAGCAUGCUGCUUUCCUGCGUGUUGUCCACUCCAAAUUCAGGCUGCUGUACAACUAUGCACACACAGUGCCUCACUAUCAAGGUCGUGUGGCUCAGCUGGCUAGCCGCUCUGCUGCCGUGUGGCAAGAGAUCAAGUCCAUGCGCCGCCGUUUCUCUGCUGAUCUUUUCUCCGAGAUUGCUCAGUCACAUCGUGGUGGAUUUCAAGCUGCUUCUCUGGAUGCAAGCGUGGUAUCUGCUGGUCCUGGUCUCUCCGUUGUCGCUAAGCCAGUGGUGACGGUGGCAACGACCACAGUGCCGGCGGCGGGAGAUGGAGAUGAGGUUGAUGGUGUGACACAUACCCCGCAGCUGCAGCAGCUCAUCCAGAAGAAUGACGAACUUGCACUGGACAAGAAUCAACUUCUACAUCGUGUCGAUGAGCUGGAGCAGCAGCUUCAUGCAUUGCAGACAACAGGCCCAGCUGCAGGCAGUAUUUGGGAGAUGAUCGGCUCGACUGGUGUCACUAUUGAUCAAGUCACUGGAACGUUCCCAGUCAAUCACCUGCAGCCCUGCAACCCAGGAGCGGAUGCUGCACACAUGACGCUGCCAUUCCCAUCUCCGACAAACUUAGACCGUACUCUUGUUCCUGGCAGCAGCGGUGAACAACAACCACUGUCUGGAAGCAGCUCUCCCUCUGCCACUGUUUCUCCACCGCGACCUCUUGCCGAACCCCGACAUCAAUCUAGUCCACGUGAUGAUCUCAACUUGGAGUCCAUUCGCCUGUCUCUCUCACAGCUACUUGGCUUCACGCAGAAGCUGCAAGAGAUUGUGUCUUAUCAGCCAUCUACUGAUGACGAGGCGACAACAUCCUCCUCAGCCGAUGCUGUAGCUGCAAGUGGUGCUGGCGCUGAUGCUGGUGCUGGCGGUGGUUUCAUGGACACCUGGAGGGCAGCAACCGACGUUUCUGGCUUGUCCAUGCUGAAUGAAACCAAGCUUGUUGACAGCAUCCAGACAUUGGUCGACCUGUCCAAUUUCGUCGAGACAGAUGCACUGAAGUCUGCUGUGCGUGACAUGGCUAAGCACAUCAGCUACAAGCACUUCGCUGUCGGUCAAAUUGUCCUGUUCUUAGCCCUUUCCAAGAAGGGUGUGUACGUUGCGUUCCAUGACAGCUCUUCCAGCAGCAGUAGUGUCGUUAGCAGCAGCAGCAGCAGAAGUCCUGGCCCUCUGCGCUACUUCUUGAAAUCAUCACUGACACCUACUGAGAAGAAUCAAUGGGCACUGGGUGUUCUCAAGAGUCCUCCUAAACUGGAGAAAUCAACCGACACACGUAAUCCCUAUGGCCAGCCCAGGUUUUCUUCGUAUUACAUUCUUGAAGCACGCGUCUUCUUGGCCGGUGAUUUAUGAGCAGUAUGGCGCCAGUGCAGUCGUAUUACAUUCUUGAUGCACGCGUCUUCUUGGCCGGUGAUUUAUGAGCAGUAUGGCGCCAGUGCAGUCAUUCUUCUUUUUCUUGUCAGUGGUCUUUGUCCUUGUUCUUGUGUCAAUCAUUAUCCGGUGAGAGGUCCAGUCCAUUCGCUGUUCUGAAGUGCCAGGCGAUCCUUUCUCAUGAUGUUCACUGUCUUGCUUUCGGUACCAAAUUGUUGACGGGCGCUGGUAUUGCCUUUAUUUUCGUCCCUUAUUUUGCUUUUUGCAUGUGUAUUUGCUUUUAUAUACAUAUAAAAUAUCUGACUCACACUGCAAUGUUGAACGGAGGCGUGUAUCAUGCAUGUAAACAUAUGCUAAAGAUGACCUUAUCGACUGCUGUAAUUGUUACUCUUUCUUUCUCUCUUUUCUAUUAUUUAUGUGGCUCUAUGACUGUUACGAUGCCGUGUGUGUGUGUGUGUGUGUGUGAGUGUGUGUGUGUGUGUGUGUUUGUGCGUGUGUGUGUGUGUGUGUUUUACAUUGUGUGCUUAUAUUAUGUACAUAGCCCUCAUCUGAUGUGCCUUCUCUUCAGUUGCCUCUCUAUCUGUCCCGUCGAAUAGCGGCCCACUCUGUGUUUUGGAGAAUAGCGGCCCACUCUGUGUUUUGAGGUGUCUUUUAUAAGUUGUGUAACGAUGUCUGCAUCGCUCUGACAAAGACAUGUUUUAUAAUGCCCGAGCGGGCCUGUGUGUUGGACUUGUGGUGUACAUUUGUUAGAAUUUGUUUUACCUUUUUUUUGCCCCCUAUCACCAGCCAGGUGCGCCGCCUGGCCGGGAGCUCGCUAGUUUUGUUUGCUCUUGCAGCCGAUUAAUUGUUUUGCUAUCUUUGCUGCGUAGGGUCUCAGUGGGCUUAGCCGACUGUUCUCCUUGAAUCAUUUGAUAUCGACCACCACAGUCUCUGAUCGUGCAGCGUCGAAAGCUGUGCUUCUUUUACUUGUAAUUAUUUUGUAUAUCCUGCUAACUGCUGCUGUUCUCCCUUGCAUUGACUCCACCUGCAGCUACUACUACUCGUCGUACAUUUAUAAAUGUUAUUUUCUCUACAUCUAGUUUUAGAAUCUUAGUGAUAAACUUUUAUUUUCAAUCUUCUUUUGACUGACUGCCAGCUACCCCUUGUGGCUUCUUCUCCUCUGCUUGUCUCUUUUUAUUCUCAUAGGCUAUCGUUAUGGUGAUUAGUCACCUCCAGCAACUUGAUUACUGUAGUGCCGCCAGGUAUACUUCCUAUACUGGUACACGCAUGCCUGUCUGUGUGUGUAACGUGCACGUGUAUGUGUGUGUGUGUAACAUGUAUAAUAUUAUGUGUGUUCCUGAAACCAA